GUUUUGCUCAGAUGUGUUCCAGAUGACGCGGUGGUCCCAUAUACUUGAGUAAGAUCUCAGUCUUACUCUUCAAUGCUUUGCACUUUGGGGGCGAACGAGAAAAAAAAGUUCAUCCAAAAACGCUGAAAAGGCGAUAAUAAUCGAAACCCGUAAUCGGGUAGCAACCUCCCGGAGAAAUGGCGAAAGUUUAAAGUUCCUUCCAUGACAACGGCCGAACUCGUCAACCUCAAUUCAGGGCUGAUCCCGCACCAAGUUACGCUAAUCCAAGAGCGGCUACAUAACUUAUCGCGCUCCGCAUACCGGCAGAUCAACGGCUAAGUUAACAAGAAGGGGCCCCAAAGUCCAGAUCGGAAUCCUCCGAGAAAGAGGAAGAAAAAAAGAAAAAAAGAAAAAAGCAAGGGGAGCAGGGAAGGGUUCCACCUGCGCGGGUUUGAGCACGUUUUUUUUUUCUUCUGGACCUCCCCCACCCUCCCCCACCUAUGAGCCGCGGCGGGGUUCUUUGCUUAUUGUUGGUCAACUUACUUGGCCUAACCUUGUUUGGAUGAGCAUGUUUUUAUUUGUUAUUACCCUUCAUGGAUAUGAUACUCUAAAUCACUGCCGGGGGGAGUGCGAAGCAACUUCCUGAAGGACUUGGUUGACAAUUUAGAUGGGUGGAACUGUCGGCAAGACGACAUUGGAACCUGGAAAAUGGAUGGAUAUGGGUUGAUUCUUUCUUUCCUUCCAGCGUUAUCAUACGCUACCGGUACUCGAGUAUCAUAUCGCGGGCUUGCAUGGUUAGGUUUAGGGUCGAUUGAUUAAUGAACUGGUGGUGGUCGGGGUGAGCUCUUUGAAUGGGGUGCAGUGGCUUUGUAUCCCGUGCAAUUACCGUGGGCCCUGGUUCUACCAGUACGAGUACUGGAGGUGGUGAAACCCAUUCACGGGAUACUGGCUACUAAUACUGGUAGAAGGGUUUAUGGGGGCCCGCAAACAAUAUCAUACCCCUCGGGUAGCGGCAAUUUAGGUCUUAGAAGCCCACUCGUGUGUUGCUUACGGUGCCCCUGCCCAAGAUCAUAAUAUCAUACAUACAAAAGGCCUACACCCGUCAAGUUGUCCACGAAUCCGCAUGAUAUAUCCACCAAUUGACCCCUUCUCCUCCCUCCCGUAAUCUUCCCCCUUAAUUCAUCUAACCUCCACAACCGACCAACCGGCCAACCAGCCAACAAACAAACAAACAAAUCCACCACCAACUCCAAAGAGGAGAGAAAAAAAUGAAGACCACCUCAACCCUCCUCACCCUACUCUCCAUCCCCCUCUUCGUUAGGGCGCAUUUCCAGCUAACCUACCCCCCCUCCCGCGGCCCCAACGAUCAAACUCAAGCCACCUCACCCUGUGGCGGCCUCAACACGCCCUCCACAACCCGCACCCCCUGGGGCCUGACGGGCGGGCAACUGAAAUUCGAAGCGGGGCACGACGAAGCGGACACAGCUGUGUACCUAGCCCUAAAGAACAACCCGGCUCAGGACGACUUCAACAUAACACUGGUAAACCGGUUCAAGCAGAUUGGUCUCGGCACCUUCUGCUGGAGCGAGCUGCGCGUGCCGGGUGGCAUAGAGGGCAUACGUGAUGGGGUGAACGCCACGAUUCAGGUGGUGCAGGCGGGACAUACUGGGGGUGGGCUUUAUAAUUGUGCGGAUAUAACCUUCGUAUCGUCCCCUCCGGGUGGUGUUUCGGCAUGCUCCAAUUCUUCCGGUGUCUCGGCGGAGUCGGCAUCGCCAAGUGGUAGCGAUGAUGAGCACACGGACCAUGCUGCCAAUGCUUCAUCCUCGUCGUCGUCGUCGUCGGCGACUGGUAAGCCGAAUGAUGCGAGUGCGAAUGUUAUUGGCGGGAUCGCACUCGUGGGGGCAGGGGUAAUGGCUAUUGUGGGGGGUUGGGUUUUGUAGACGGGUUUGGGUUGUUUUUAUUAUUAUUUUUAUCAUCACUAGUUAUUGUAUUGAAUUAUACCGUAAA